AUGAACCUUUACACUCCUGGUAAUGGACUGUUCGAAACGCACGUUACUUGGGAGGAUAUUGAGCAGGACAUGCAGAGAGAGCUGAAAACUAAGGCAAUUUUUGGUCCAAACAAGACUGCCAAGAAUAUUGGAGAUGGAAUAGGCUUCAUGUCAAGAGUUGUUCUCAUAGAACCAGACUGGCAGAAUCAGGACAAGCAACUUCCAAAGCAAUUUAUUGUUAAAGUAAGGCUCUUCCAAUCAAAACAUGAAGAGUAA